ACGUCCAGUCAGUGCCGCGCCGCCGUCGGGUCCGCACGCGUGUCGCGCCUAGCUCCGCGCCGCUUCGAGCGUGAACGCGCUUACGUCACCGUCCGCUAAAUACCAGCGACCAGCGUGAAUCAAUUAAUCAUUCCCUUUUCGAUUGAGAACGCGUUCUAUUCUCGUCAUAUUUGUGGCCGCUCGAGACGACCGUGCCUUCGCCGCACGACCGCGGUUCGAAUACUCCUCUCGCAGGUUUACGAUUUAUUCGCUGGCUUCCUUUGAAAUGUUGCAGAAAUCAAAACUGUAAAUCUAUGUCAAGAAAGAGGGAAACGUCUAAAGGUCAAAAAGACAACAAUUUCGAAAGUGUAUAUUUCAAAAGUGUGAUAUCGAGGACUCGGCUGUCCUUGAUGAACUCCACAAGCUACGACCCCUGCGCUCUGACUCUUAGCAUUUCGCUGCGCCCCUGUCGCUACUCGGCGCGGGACCCCAGGUUAAGACUCGGCUCGCGAGAGCAGCCGCGCGCGCCGUAGACGCCGCCCCCGCCGCCGACCGGCCUGCUCUGUCGCGAGCUGUGCGCGCACGGCUCGCCGGCUGCGCCCAGGGAGCGCCAGCCGCACAAUGGACGCCAACAGGACGUACGCGAACGGCGUCGCGGGUAGAGAGAAACUCAUCAAGUGCGAGCCGAAAGUACCGUCAGAAGAUGAGAAGACUACGUCGCCGUUGCUCGCUAAAAACGAUGACAUCAAAUUCAUCGACUCCGUCGACGACAGGCACAUCCUCCGUGACGUAGAUAAGUCUAAAAAUGAUCUUAAUACAAUAAAUUCGGUAAAGACGGAGGCUGAGGAAGCGAAAGACAAUGUUUUAACCGUAGUUUUUCAGAAGGAUGACAAGAGUGACGAUGAUGCGAAAUCGACAAACGAGAGAGUCAAGUUCUUGGGACUGGGAGACGCCGACAGCAUUUGCUCCAGCAAGGCGCCACAAGAGCACGAGUCCCCGAUCCCCGACGGAGGCUGGGGAUGGGUGGUGGUCGCGGCGUCCUUCCUCAUCGCCACCGUCGCCGACGGACUCGCUUUCUCGUACGGAUUGCUGCAGAUCAAGUUCGUGGAUCACUUUGAAACCAGCGAAGCGAAGACUUCUCUCAUCGGAAGUCUAUUUAUAUCAGUUCCUCUGAUAGCUGGGCCCAUCAUGAGCGCUCUGGUCGACAGAUACGGAUGCAAAACGAUGACCAUCGUCGGUGGUCUGUUCUCGACGGUGGGGUUCAUCGCCGCGGCGUACAGUAACACGGUGGAAGCCCUGUACGUCACGUACGGCAUCAUCGCGGGGCUGGGGAUGGGCUUGCUGUACGUGACCGCCGUCGUGUCGAUAGCCUACUGGUUCGAGAAGCGACGCAACUUAGCAGUGGGCUUGGGCUCGUGCGGGGUCGGCUUCGGCACGUUCGUGUACUCGCCGCUGACCACGUAUCUGCUGAACGAGUACGGCUGGAGGGGCACGCUGAUCCUGCUGGCCGGCACGGUGCUCAACGUCUGCGUCUGCGGCGCGGUCAUGAGAGACCCCGAAUGGCUGAUUCAAGAACAAAAAAAACAAAAGAAAUUAAGUAAAGCCAAAAGAGCUUCCAGUUCCACUUCGAUUUCUGCUAGAUCGGGCGGCGGAGAAUCCAUGUACCCCGAUGCCGAAGAACUGAAGACUAUGCUAGAUAGCGGAGAGACUCCCGAGCGCAUUCUCGCCACGCUCGUGUCGGCCAUAGCGGAGGCCGAGAACGUAGAGGCGGUCACCAAAAGAAACGCCGACUCGUACAAUCAAAAAGUUAGCUCUGUUAUUGAUUUGCCGACAUUUUUACAGCAGAACGAGAAGGUUCCACCUGAAGUUUUCAAUCAAAUUACUUCCAAUGAGCGCCUGUACAAUAUCAUACUCCAGAAUUAUCCAUCUUUAUUAAUAUUAAAAAGCGGUUCAGAAACAAAACUGCCGACUGAUUCGAAUAAAAAAGAAAAACUCAAGAAGCACAAAAAGAAAGAUUUCGAUAAAAAACUCGAAAAAGUUAGGGAAAAAUUGUUACAGCCGAUUCCAGAAAACAAUACAGCCGUGAUCACGCCAAAACAAGCGCGCCAGGACUGGUUCUCGCGGCAGAUACAAACGGAUCAUCAUUAUCUGAAAGGCAUCCGCGUUCACCGCAACUCGAUCAUGCAUCGCGGCGCCAUGAUGAACAUCGCCAAGUAUAAGCUGCGCGCGUCUUCGUGUCCCGACAUCUACAAGAACUCCAUGUGGUCCAUGGAAGACCCAGUGGAAGAGACUUGUGGCAAAAAGUUUGUGCGCAUGAUAAACAAGACGUUCGACUUCAACAUGUUCACCGAGUUCCACUUCCUCAUGAUGAACCUGUCCACCCUCGUGCUGUUCAUUUGGUUCAUCGUGCCUUACUUCUACAUCUCCACGUUCAUGGAAGACAACGGAUACUCCGAAACGCAAGGAUCUCUCAUGUUGGGCAUCUUCGGUGUGGCGACCAUCAUCGGUAUCGUGGGGCUGGGCUGGAUCGGCGACCUGCCGUGGGUCAACAUCACGAAGACGUACGCGGGCUGCCUGGUGGCGUGCGGCGCCACCAUCGUGCUGUUCCCCAUCCUGAUCCGCGUCAUGGACGCCGCGGAGCCCUACAGCUUCUACAUCCUCGCGCUCAACUCGCUGAUCUUCGGCCUGACGUUCUCCAGCUCGUACUCCUACACGCCGAGCAUCCUGGUGGAGCUGAUCGCGCUGGAGCGGUUCACCAUGGCGUACGGCCUGGUGCUGCUGAGCCAAGGCAUCGGCCACCUGAUCGGCCCGCCCAUCGCCGGCGCGCUGAAGGACCGCACGGGCUACUGGGACGCCGCGUUCUACGUGGCCGGCAUCUGGGUCGUGGUGUCGGGCUUCCUCGUGGCCGUCAUCCCCUGCACCAAGAACUUCCGCAUCGUGGGCGACGCGCCGCUGGCCAAGGACGUGGCCGUGGAGCCCGAGCCCGGCAUCAAGAUCAUCAUCGCGCACUAGCCCGCCACCGCCGCGUCGUGGGCGACGCGCACUAGCCCGCCACCGCCGCGUCGUGCUCGACGCGCACUAGCCCGCCACCGCCGCGUCGUGGGCGACGCGCACUAGCCUGCCGCCGCCGCCGCGUCGUGGGCGACGCGCCGCUGGCCAAAGACGUCCGGUCGCCUGGUAUCAAGAUCAUCAUCGCGCCCUAUAUUUCACAGAAACUCAAAACUAGGGAAUUCGAUCCCGGUUUUCGGGAUACCAGAUAUUUUACAAGAUAGAAAACCCGGGAUGCCAUUUAUUUACAUUUCGGGAUUUUAAAUAAAACAAAGGAUGGUUGGAUACUAUAUUAUUACAUUAAAAUGAAAAUAAAUCAGGGAUUUUAUUCUAUCCGAAACCUAGGCAUUUGAGAUAAUAUGUACCUAUCACAAGACUUUCCAG